CUGGAUCGGAUCAGACCAAAUCCAAUUCAAUUGACACCCCUAUUUGUGGGCCGUUAUUAAGGCCUUAUAAUUGUGGUCAUUAGUAGGUGUAAGAAGUCAAAGUCAUUGGACCUGUUAUUCUCGAAUCUCAAUGUUGCAUCCUUUGUUGAAUGGUUACUGGUGAACGUGGUCUGGGCCUACAAAUAAUUCAUGGUGAUACUUUUGGAUCCCCUAGUGGAAGCACAUCGAGUAUGGGGUCGAUCUGGUGGUGUCCAUAACUGGGCUAGAACGUCAAGCUUGGAUUCUUGUGUUCAUUGUGACACCCUCCCACCCACCGUUGCAGAUAUAAGAAUAGAGGGAUUUGAAACCGCACCACCAAUAGGACAAUUCAUCCAACGCAGCAACUGGGCUACCCCUCAGGUGGCUUUCCACCUUCCAUCCCAUCAGCUACAGUCUCCUCCAGAAAGCAAAAUCCUCUCCCUCUUGACACUUGAUUUUGGCUGGCUUAUCAUCCAUCUUAGCCAGGAACAGAGAUAUGCAAAUUGAGGGAGGUCAUUCUGUUGUGCUUUCCAGUUCCACUCUUAGUGACGUGAUCGUUAACGCCCAGGGCAGACGGUAGACCAUGGGGUUAGUUGUUCAGAGGUUAUCAAAUCAAUGGUGAUUGGUGAAGGGGAAUCAUCAUCCUCUACACUAUGAGACCUGUCAUAAUUUGAUUCAAGAAACAACCACUGUCCAUUGAUUUACAGGAGUCAAAAAACUGAAAAGAGGUUAAGUCUUAAUUUUU